AUGUCUAGCAACCAAUUGUUCAAUGAUAUUACUGGUGAAGAUAACAUAUCAUUCGAGUAUGAAGGAAUCUCUAAUUUUGAAAAUAGUUUUGACGAAAAUAUUAUUAGUGAUAAAAAUAUUAUUGAUGACGAAAAUGAUAACUAUUAUGAAGAUAGUGGUUAUACUGAAGAUGAAGAGAAUAAUACGACAGGAUCUUUGCCUAUUACAUCUUACUUUACUCCCCAAAUAGAACCUACAAAAAAAAGUUCAAACCCAAAUGAAGCACAACUACCACUAACAUCAACUACAACUCCCACGUCAACCCCCCAACAAACAAUCGAAGCAGUGUUUCAAAAGCAAAUGGAAAAUGUGUUACCCCUCUCUGAAAAACAGCAAAAUCGUAUUAGUUAUCAUCUUGUUGCCUGGAUUGUUGAGGAAAUGAUGCCAUUGAAUUGUAUUAACCAUGAUCGGUUUUGA